CCAAGUAGAGAGAGAUAAAGAAGAAACAAAGAGAGCUCUUCUGCUAACGUCGUUCAUUGUCACUUCCCGCUGAAGCUUCUCUGUGAUUUUUCCCAUUAUAAAGAAAAAAAAAAAAGCCAAAGAAGAAGACAUAAAUAUUAAAAAAAAAAUUUAAAGGGGGUAUAUCGGAAGGGUUUCGUGGAGAGAAUCUUUGUUUUCAACCCUAAAGAAAAACACGAUCCCUUCUCUAUACGUAUUCGCCUUUGAUUUCGUUUGCUCGCAGAUUCUGGGUUUUUUUAUUUUUCUCUUUCUUUCUUAUUCCAAGCCUUUUUUUUUCUGUGAUUUUUUCUGGGUCGGAGGUUUUUAUUAUUAUUUUCUGUUAAACAAAAAGGGAUAUUUGGAGGAUUAUCUGAAGAUUUCGAAGGUUGAUAUUUUUGGGUCUGUAUUAAUUUAUUGUAUUUGGUGGUGGGCUGACGAGAAUCAGGGUUUUGGUGGCAUUAUAUUUGCUGGGUCUGUUGAGUUUCGGCGUUUUUAAAGAAAUUUUCUGGUGUGUCUGUUUCGAUUUAAGGGUUUUGAGAAUGAUUUAACGUUAAAUUUGGGGAUUUUAUUGGUUUGACAUAUCCUGAAGGCUUUCGCUGGUUUAUUCGUGUAUAUUUGGUGAAAAUUUAAGGAUUUUAUCAUUAAGGGCUGAGAUUUUGGUAAAUUCUCCCCAUUUCUGUGUGGGUUAGUUUGCCAAGACAUUGAAUUUUGAGCGGUUUGUUUGGGAUUUACAUUGUAGUUUCUGGGGAGCUGAAGAAAAGAUGAGCUCAAGUAUUACACAUAAUCUGAUUCCUGAUGGGAAGCUUUUGGUUCAUAUAGCUGAAAACGGACAUUCGUUUGAGCUCGAUUGCAAUGAGACUACAUUGGUGGAGACAGUUAUGCAAUCGAUUGAAGUCGAGUCCGGAAUUCACUUCAAUGAUCAGCUCGUUCUAUGCGCGGAGUUGAAACUUGAGCCACAAAGGCCACUUUCUUCAUAUAAGCUUCCUUCCAGCGACCGUGAAGUCUUCAUAUUUAACAAAUCAAGGCUGCAAACCCAUUCCCCACCACCACCACCAGAGCAAGUUGAUAUAGUUGAAGUCCCAGAACCCCGACCGAUAGCUUCUUCGACUGACCCUCAUCCUUUGGACGAUGCUCUUGAUCCUGCUUUGAAGGCUUUACCUUCUUAUGAGAGGCUGUUUAGGUACCAUUAUGAGCAAGGACUUGCUAUAUAUAAGCGAACGGUAGCUAAGUUUGAUCAUUGCGAAAGGCUUUUGGGGGAACAGAAGGUUCAGGAGAGAGCAUUGGACGUUGCAAGGGGUAAUUUAGAUCAAUAUUAUAGGAUGAUUCAGCAAAAUUGCUCGGAAUUCAUGAAGCGGUAUAAGCAACAACAUCGUUAUCAUGCUGAUCUGUUGGCGAACUUUGAUAAGGAUAUGCAGAAGUUAAGAUCCACCAAGCUUCACCCUGCAUUACAGACUGCUACUAGGAAAUGUUUAUCGGAUUUUGUGAAGGAAGAUAACCUAAGGAAGUCGGCCGAAAAUUGUAACAGCUCCCACAAGCAAUUUGAGAACAAAGUUGUACAGCUCAAUCAGAUGUUCGGUGAAGUGAAGCGAAAAGUAGAGGACUUGUUCACUUUGAAGGCUUCCUUGCCUAUUAAGAAUUUAGAGCUAACCAUUAAAGAGCAUCAGCGAUACCUGAAUGAACAAAAGAGCAUUAUGCAGUCCUUAAGCAAAGAUGUCAAUACAGUAAAGAAGCUUGUAGAUGACUGUGUGUGCUCCCAAUUGUCUUCCUCCCUUCGUCCUCAUGACGCAGUUUCAGCCCUGGGUCCUAUGUAUGAUGUCCAUGACAAAAAUCAUCUGCCAAAGAUGCUGGCUUGUGAACAUGCAAUAUCAAAGCUGCUUGACUUUUGCAAGGAUAAGAAGAAUGAAAUGAACAUCUUUGUUCACACAUACAUGCAAAAGACAACUUAUGUUACAUAUCACAUCAAGGAUGUCAAACUGCAGUUUCCUGUUUUCAAAGAGGCAAUGGUGCGCCAGGAAGAUCUAUUUAUGGACCUUAAGUUGGUCCGCGGAAUUGGUCCUGCAUAUAGAGCAUGUCUUGCUGAAAUAGUUAGAAGAAAGGCUUCUAUGAAGCUUUACAUGGGCAUGGCUGGUCAGCUGGCCGAGAGGCUUGCAACAAAGAGAGAAGUUGAGGUCAGGAGACGAGAGGAGUUUUUAAAGGCACAUGGUUUGUAUAUACCCAAAGAUGUACUGGCUUCCAUGGGGUUAUAUGAUACCCCUAACCAGUGUGAUGUCAAUAUAGCUCCUUUUGACACUUCAUUGCUCGAUAUUGAUAUUCCUGACCUGGACCAUUACGCACCUGAGUAUUUAUCAGGACUGCCUACCAAACCUGCUAGCUCAAGAGGUUCAAGUUCCUUGUUGAAUGAGAGUUCUCAUUCUGCUGAUACUGAAGAGAUCAAUGUAGAUACUCUUGGAAAAGAUGAUUCCGAUGACUUUCUUGAGGGAUGUGAAUUGGUUGAGAUUGCUGGAACUAGCAAGAUGGAAGUUGAGAAUGCAAAACUGAAGGCUGAACUUGCUUCUGCGAUAGCCCUGAUUUGUUCUCUUGGUCCUGAAUUUGAGUAUGAAUCACUCGAUGAUAGUAAAGUCAAUACUUUAUUGAAAAAUGCUGCGGAAAAGACUGCUGAAGCCUUGCAUUUAAAAGAUGAGUAUGGAAAACACCUGCAACAAAUGCUCAAGGCAAAACAAAUGCAGUGCGAUUCAUAUGAAAAGCGCAUUCAGGAACUGGAGCAGAGAUUGUCUGAUCAGUAUUCACAGGGGCAGAAGCUUUCUAUGACUAACAAUGCCACUGACUAUGGCCUUCUAGCUUCAAAGGAUGAGGAUAAUUGCAAGCCACAAAUCUCAGGUUGUGAAGUGAAUGUGCCUCGUAUAUCUACAUCUGAGCCUAUGGAUGAGGUUUCUUGCAUUUCAAAUUCUUUGGAUGCAAAGUUGGGACAGUUUGGAAGGCAGUCAAGCAAAGGUCGAGAAGGGAUUGAUGAGAAUAUGAUGGAGUCAUCUGGAAUGCUCAACCCUCAUUUGGACUCAUCAAUGCAAGAGCCACAACAAGAAGAACAAGAAGUUGGUGUCAAAGAUGGAAAAGAUAGGACGGUGGGACAGUCUGGCAUGUCUCUCGCUAACAGUUCUACUGCUGAAUACAUGCCUGAGCCUCUGAAUGCUUUACCUUGUGGGACAGCAGCUGAGCUAGGCUUAGAUUCGAAAGUUAGGGAGGAUCUUGUGUUGGAAUUGCAAAAUGCACUUGCAGAGAAGUUGAACCAAUUAAGUGAAACUGAAACCAAGCUUAAGGAUGCUUUGGAUGAGGUUUCCAUGCUCGGGAGGGAGAUGGAAACUAGUCGUAAACUUCUUGAUGAGUCUCAGAUGAACUGUGCUCACUUGGAGAAUUGUUUGCAUGAAGCAAGAGAGGAAGCCCAAAGCCAUCGUUGUGCUGCUGAGCGGAGGGCCUCAGAGUAUAGUGCGCUCCGUGCAUCAGCUAUUAAGAUGCGUAGUCUUUUUGAAAGACUUAGAAAUUGUGUCUAUGCUCCUGGUGGGAUGGCUGGUUUUGCUGAUUCUUUGCGUGCUUUGGCUCAGUCUUUGGCCAAUUCCAUUAGUGAUAGUGAGGAUGAUGGCUCUGCUGAGUUCCGCAAAUGCAUCCGGGUGCUUGCCGAAAAAGUUGGUUUCUUAUCAAGGCAUCGUGAAGAGCUGCACGAGAAGUACACUAACAUUGAAGCUUUAACUGAACAGCUUAAGAAAGAAUUGGAAGAGAAAAAUGAGCUGGUUAAAACCCUGUACACUAAGCAUCAACUUGAGAAGCAGGCAAGCAAGGAAAAGAUAUCAUUUAGCCGCUUGCAAGUCCAUGAGAUUGCUGCAUUUGUACUAAAUUCAUCUGGGCAUUACGAGGCAAUCACCCGAAACUGCUCCAACUACUACUUGUCUGCUGAAUCUGUGGCUUUGUUUACCGAUCAUCUCCCAAGCCAACCAAGCUACAUCGUCGGGCAGAUUGUGCACAUCGAGCGUCAAACUGUGAAGCCACUGCUGUCUUCAUCAACUAGACCUGAUCGUGGCAGGGCGGAUCCUGCAGAGCAACUAACAUCUAACACCAUGAAUUCUGGAUCAAGUUUGAACCCCUAUGGCCUCCCAACUGGAUGUGAAUACUUCGUAGUGACAGUAGCCAUGUUACCUGAUACCGCCAUUCAUUCACCACCUCCUUCCUGAUCCCUGCCCCGAAAAGUGCAGAUGCUGAGACAUGAUGGAAGAAACCAAACUGUACAUACAUUAUAAAAUAUUCAGAAGAUAAAUUUCUAUCAUGGUUGCAGUUGGAACUAGAUUUUCCUAUUGUACAGGCUACUUUAAAUCUCCUUUGUUCAUAAAGCUACUCUUUCCAGAUAUGUAAAAAGAAGGGAAAAAAAAUCUGUAAAUAUUUCUCAGCAUUUGCCUUUUAUGUUUAACGAGGUCCAUCUCAUUUCUUUGACUUGUAAAA